GGUUGUGCAAUCUUUAAACUUUGUAAUACAAUUGAGGUUGGGCCUGGCAUCACAUAUGUAAGGUUGUAAGAAUGCAACAAAAUCGGCCCAGGCAAGUAAAGUCGGAAUUACUUGCCCAAGUAUUUUUUUUUUUUUUUUUUUUUUUUUUUUGAACAGUUAUGAAGAAAUAAUUUCAUCAAUAUUCUCUGGAAAAACAAAAAUUAUGAAGCAACAGAAAACUUGAAGCAGUUCAAAGUAGCAGAAAAGAGCUGAAGAAUUUGGAGAGAGAAGAAAAUGGCGUGUUUAAUUGCUGUUAAUUUCUCUCCUUUUCCAAUCGUCUCUUAUUAUUUCAGGGAGCUACAGCCCAAAGCAAGUGCUCACCGUGUAGUUUCAAGUCCAUGGUCUAUAAGAGCAUCAUUCAGAGUCAUCUCCUCUGCCUGCAUCAGGAAUCACACCGCUGUACAGAGUCUGUACUCAGGGCACCUGAUUAGAGUACCAUCUAGGGAUUCAUUUGUUCUAUCACCCCUUUAUUCUGAUGUAAGUUACUGUCCCCAAACAUUAACUGGCUACUGGGUUGGACCUGAUACUGAGGAUGGUUGGGGUUUUGUAGAAGCUUUUAUUGAUAUAAUUCUUUGAUUCUUUGUCAGUGAUCCAUAAUUUCUUUUUUGUGUUCUUGGCCUCUUUUGCUCUGAACAACUAAUUAUUGAUGCAUAUUUGGGCUGAUUGCGUGAUUAGUGAGCGAAUUUGUUGUUCAUGAUGAAUCAUGAAGCACAAUAGGUAAGAU